UUAUCUUUCCGCUGGUAUAUCCUCUGUUUUUAUGUCAUCGGGGAUUCGAGCGUGGCCAUUUGACAUAAAAACAGACUGCACGGCCGAAAGAUUGCCAUAUUUUCGCAAGAUUUCAUUUUUUUUUCAAACAAAAGUUGAAACGCCGGCAACACGAAUUGCGAAUGCCUCCUCUGAAAAAUGAAUUUGCAUGCCACAGAAGUUCAACUCGAGAGAUUGUUUGAAGAAGAAGAAGAAGAAGACAAAAAUCUAUUUCGACGACACUCAAACUUUUCCGGGAAUGGUAGGAGAAAAUACAAGCAGGGGUGUGCCCUCGGUGACACUUUCGGGGUUGAUUAUUUCGUUAAAUAAUCUUCAGUUAUGGGGCUAAACAUCUCGUCUGGUCGGACAUUGCAAGAGGAAGGACCAUUGGAUGCCAGAAAUGAUGAUAAGAUUGUUAAAUACAUGAAGGAUGUGAUAAACGGGGACAAUGUUGAUGUAUCGAGAGAGGAUGACGAAGACCCUUUCUUUGUGUUAGAUCUGAAGGAUGUGGAGGAGAAGCACCACCUAUGGAAGCAGGAGUUUCCAAAUGUGCAACCAUUCUAUGCCGUUAAAUGCAACUCCAACAGAAGAGUAUUAGAAACGUUGGCUAAACUUGGAGCUGGUUUUGAUUGUGCGAGCAAGGCGGAGUUACAGCAGGUGCUUGAUCUCGGUGUUCAACCUAACAGGAUCAUAUAUGCACACCCAUGCAAAGCCAAAUCACACCUCAUGUUCGCCAAGGAGAACGAUGUCCGACUCAUGACAUUCGACAACGAGGACGAGCUCGUCAAGAUUAAAGAAGUCUUUCCAAAUGCAAGAUUGGUGUUGCGGAUAUGGGCCGAGGACACCACAGCAGUGUUCCCUCUAUCGGUGAAGUUUGGUUGCCAACUUCAUGAAGUUCACCAUCUUUUGAAGACAGCGAAAAAACUCGAUCUUACCGUUGAAGGAAUCAGUUUUCACGUUGGUUCUGGAAGUGGCGAUCCCGACUCUUACUACACCGCCAUACAAGACGCCCGGACGGCUUACGAUAUAGGCAACGGCAUCGGACACGACUUGCGUAUUAUUGAUAUAGGGGGAGGGUUCCCGGGAAAAGAGUCAUCAUCCGUCCCCUUCCACAAGUUUUCUUCUGCUGCACGGAGAGCGAUUACCAAAUAUUUUCCAGAAUCGGAUAUACAGAAUCCGCGGAUAAUUGGUGAACCUGGGACGUUUUAUGUCCAGUCGGCAUUUUCCCUCGCGGUUUGUGUAAUUGGGAAACGAGAUCUCCUUAAGAAUCCCUUUUUAGAUCCUAAAGAUGAGAACUGGAACAGUAUAGAUCUGAGCGAAACCCCUGAAGUGGCUUAUUAUAUCAACAGCAAUGUAUAUUCAUCUUUUAAAGACGCUGAACUCAUGGAUACUCUAUUUGAUGUGGAGGUUUUGAAGAGUUCAAACAUCAACGGCAGGAAAAGAGCAUCUAUUUUAUGGGGUAAUACAACUAGCGGGUUCGACUGCGUGAGGAGACAUUGUCAGCUACCGGAGCUUGAGGAGGGUGAUUGGCUACUAUUUAGAGAUAUGGGUGCUUAUGCGAUGGCAAUCUCAUCUGAAUACAGCGGCUUCAAAUUACCUAUAUGUUACACUCUGCAAAAAGACGAGUGAAUUUUCACUCGCUAUUUACUCCCAGUUGUCGUGGCGCGUCAAGGAUCACUCAAUUUGGAGUGAAUUUGCCAGACAUGAUUGCAAAAGGAACCGUUCCAUUCAAAUUUCACGUGUUGAAAGGGUGAAAUUCUCUGAACGAGGGAAAGUUACUCUUAAUCUAGUGCAUUUCAUUCAUUCCUUCCGAUGUGUGAAUUAUUUGAUUGAUUCUUAUUUUGUGUAUGUAGACAGUACUGUUUCUAAGUAUGAUUAUCAUGAAUGUGUUUCCUUGCAGAGGGGAGAAUUGCAGAUAAUAUAUCUAUGCAAGGAUAUAAAGGACAUGCGGUAUCAUUGAAGUACCAUGCAGCCUGGAUAUUUCAUUUAUAUAUUUUUAUUUCAUGUUUGUGUUUUGUAAUAAUUGAAGAUCAUAGUAAUGAUUGUAAUAUGUUAUUAAUAGUGCUAAUAAAAACAAUAAUCAUGAUAAUUGUAAUGUUAAGAAUAAUGAACAUAAAAAUAAUGAUAAUGAUGUUUGUGAAAUUAUAAUGAUAGAUAAAAUAUUCAUAAUGACCACAAAUAUGAGUGUACAUAUUCCCAUUUUUGUCUCGGCUGCCUGGAGCAGAAUAAAGACGAAUGCGCCUCUUUUUCUGAAUCAGCACAAUUUCUCAAGCGUAGGGGCCUAACAUAAGAAACUUGCAUGGGCAUAACUGCAUAAGGGUGAUAAAGUUUCGCUAAUUAGAUUCACGUCAGGUCACUGAGGUCAAAGGUCAACAGAGUCAAUGAACUCUGACCAUAUUUUGGUCUAAAUGUGGAAAACUACAUCAGGAUAAAAAAAAAUAAUAAUAAAGUUCCUAUGCUGAUAAGAGUGUAAUUGUCACGUCAUGGCAUUGAAUAAUUGCAUUGUAUAUUCAAAGGGUAAAUAACAAAGGGAAAUGUUUAAUUAAGUUUACAUGUCACCAAGUCAACACUUCUGCUAUAUCAUGUAUAUUGAGUUGCGUAAUACAGGCGAGACUGCCAGGAGAGUUCUAAUACAUGUAAAUGCAUGAUUUUUUUUAAUUCAAUCAAUCUAGUUUAUUUCAUUUCUUUUAAUUAUUCGUCCAUUCAUCAAUCCAUUGACUCAGUCUUUCAUCCGCCAUCCCUCCAGUAUUUUUUUUUCGUUUAUUGUGUCUAUUUACUUAAUUUUUAAACUUACGUUUGCGAAUUUUUUGUUAUCAAAUAUCUGAUAUAAAGGUUGUCCAUUUUAUUUGUUUUGUGGGGGUUAGUUUUAUGUAGACUAUUUUUGUAUUAAGAUUUUUUUAGGUUUUUAAGAUGGCUGUAUAUACGUGGACAGGCGAUUGGGAAAUCAUUUUUAUUUACAAUAUCAUCACUGUUUAUAAAUCAAAUAAAGAAUAAAUGAUAAAUCAAUAAAUAGAUAAAGUGAUAUAUCAAUAAACAAAUACACGAAAGAAUAAACAAAUAAAAAUGAAAUGAUUGAUAACUUGGAUAAUCUAAUGUAUAAAAUAAUGAACUUGCUGUUAGCAAUUAAGUUGUUCUAUAAAUGGGUAAAUCUGCCAAUAGUUUGAUUGUUUUCGCAAACUAAAUUUAACUUUAUUUCAUGAUGCAUGCGAUUUUUCACACUGCCACGCUUAACAAGUUCAAAAAUACAGUAAAUGUAUUAAAAAUGCAAUUCGAUAUACAAGAAAGAGCUGAGAGACCUUUGUCGACAAAAUUUUCAACCCGAACAACAGUUCGUCCUAAGUUUUGAAGCUGACCCAAAAAAACAUGUAGUUUGUUUUGAUUCACCAAUUUUCGACAAAGACUUCUUGGUUGUUCUUUGUCAUGAAGGACUUUAAACAAUCCAUGUCUAUGUUCAUGAAAGCGUUCUGCGUAGCGGCACGAAAAAGCCCCUAUUCAUACUGAUUGGGGAAAAUGUUCUGCUUUCGAACACUGUAUUUUCUUAAACAGAAGAGGGAGCCUCGAGCUUUGCGAUCAACUGUCCUCUUAUAUUAUUCAAAACAAACAAAAUCCUCUUUUUCUUUUCUUUUGUUAACAUCUCAAUUUCGUCUCACCUUGUCAUUCUCGUGCAAUAUCUUUGUAUGGUUCGUUCACUAUUUAACGACGUAGUUUAUUUUUGCUUGAUUUACAUGGACAGUAUUGAACUGAAUGACCUAGUUAAUUAUUUGAUGAGAAUGUUGGUAUAAAUUAUAGUUGAUGUACAUGUACAUGAACGUAAUUAUUUAAUUAUUUUAGAAAUGUGUUUCAAACCAUACAUCUUUCAUUUGAAUUUUACUCAUAUAUAUUGUUAAUUAUGAAUCUAUUAAAAUCUGAAUUAUCAUUGGAUUCCAACAAC